UUUAGUUUUUUUUUCUCCUUCAGGUGUUUUUCUUCUUUAUCUUUUAGUAAGAGAGAGAGAGAUAACAAUGGAGAAGCUGUCGGGGCUGAGCCACCUCUUCAUGACAAUCUUCCUCCACAACUUCGCCAACUUUAUGGUGAUUCCGGCCAUCACAGAUGUUACAAUGGAGGCGCUUUGCCCUGGAAAAGAUGAAUGUUCCCUUGCCAUUUUUAUCUCCGGAUUUCAGCAAGCGAUUAUUGGGCUUGGGUCCUUUUUGAUGAUGCCUUUCGUUGGAAAUCUCUCGGAUAAAUAUGGAAGGAAGGCUUUGCUUACACUACCCAUCACUCUUACUAUAAUUCCAUUAGCCAUACUGGCGUACAGCAGAACCAAGAGUUUCUUUUAUGCCUACUACGUAUUCAAGAUUCUCACCGCCAUGUUUUGUGAAGGAAGCGUCCACUGUCUUGCUCUUGCUUAUGUGGCAGACAACGUUCCGGAAGGACGACGAGCUUCAGCUUUUGGGAUUCUGUCUGGUAUUGGAUCGUGUGCCUUUGUCUGCGGGACUCUGUUUACCCGUUUUCUUUCGACUGCCUCCAUUUUCCAGGUAGCGACAGCAAUGGCGAUGCUGUCAGCGGUUUACAUGACGGUUUUCCUCACGGACUCCGUCAUAAAUGAUAAUCUUUCUACUCCAAUUAUCUCAAAAGAAAAUUUUAAUGGCAUUGUUAAUCAAGAUGAGGAGUCAAACAAGAAAAUACAGACGUUUAAAACCAUGCCUUCCAUAGAAGAUAUGCUUGCCUUGUUGAAGAACAGCUUGACAUUUUCACAAGCGGCAAUUGUUUCAUUUUUUAGCAACCUUGCAGAUGUUGGUCUCCAUGCUUCAUUACUGUACUAUCUAAAGGCCAGAUUUCACUUCAACAAAGACCAGUUUGCCGACUUAAUGGUUAUAACUGGAGUUGCAGGGACUGUUUCCCAGCUGCUUCUCAUGCCCGUACUAGCUCCUGCUCUUGGAGAAGAGAGAUUGCUGUCGAUAGGGCUGUUUUUUAGCUGUGCACAUAUGCUCUUCUAUAGCAUUGCAUGGUCCUUGUGGGUACCCUAUGCAGCAGCUGUGCUUUCCUUAUUCUAUGUUUUUUCACAACCAUGUAUAAGGAGCAUUGUGUCUAAACAAGUUGGGUCCUCUGAGCAGGGGAAGGCUCAAGGCUUUAUUUCAGGCAUAGGUUCCUUUGCCCAAGUUGCUUCUCCCUUGGUUUUCUCUCCUCUAACAGCUUUGUUCCUUUCGGAAAGAGCACCGUUUUAUUUCCCCGGUUUGAGUAUCAUGUGCGUCGGGUUUGCCUCGAUGAUAGCUUUUGUCCAGAGUCUCAUGAUAAGAGCCGUUCCUCCUAUAUCAACCCAAAGAGCAGGCAACAGCAACUAAAUCGAAGCCGAGCAAGGAAUGUGUAUUCAAAACCCUGAAUCAUUCCUCACUCGAAUUCACAUUGCCUGUGAAAAUCUUCCAACAGGACGCAUAUAUGUAUUAGUAACUACUAGAAAUGUUUAAGGAAGAACUUGGGAAGUUGGAAUGGUUCUUCAUAGCUUUGUAAGCAAUAAAAUCCAUUUGACCACCGGUAUAUA